AUGAAGUUCUCCAUUGCUGCUGCUGCUGCUGCCGCCGGUCUCCUCAGCGCCGUUAGCGCUGCCUCUCUCCCUGCUGCCUUCACCCUCGUUGCUGAGGGCGGUUUUACCGUUCUGACUGACGGCGAGUACCUCUACUACGGUUUCAACAGUACCGACGCCAACCACAAGAUCGCCAUCUUCCACGCCACCCCCGACACCGGGGCUGUUUCCUACACUGCGGAGGACCAGACACCUACCGGCUGGCAGAACCUGUACGUCGUCGAGAAGGACACCGCUCCUGUCGGCCUUACUCGUCCUCACUCCGGUGCCGUCCCCGAGGGCGCCAGCACCGUCGACUUCAGCGUCAACGACAAGGGCCUCUUCGCCCACGGCGGUAACGCUUAUUUCGCCGUUGAGGGUUACGGUGACAACCCCGUCAAGACCGUCUACUGGUACGGUCGCCACAGCUCGACCUACCGCGCUGCCGACCUCUAUGUUAAGGAGUUCAAAUAG